CGCAUUUAUCCGCAGUCUUGUAAUGGUUUUGUUUCAAUUCCCAUAUACUGCCCUUGGAUCGAUCUCCCUCCAGUUGUCCCUUUGAGAACAAGCUGUUUCCGGGUGACAUCACUGGCGCCAACCUUAUUUUCACCCCAUAUCUGCCCAACUUUAUUUCGAGCUUCCAUCAUCCACAACAUCAUUGAAAAACAUUUCCUGUAUUAUUGCACUUAUAAUUAUCAAGUAUACCCCCAAACAUAAUAUCUAAUGGAUCAUCCAAAAAGACAAAUCUCCCACGUCAUCUAUCUCCUCACCGAGGGGUCUCCGGCAGACCAAAAAGACGCACUGGAUGCGUACUUCCUUCCCGACGCUGCAUUCAUCCACCCACUGUGUAGAGUACCCAGUUUCUCUCACUUCAAUCUUCCGCUUGUUGGAGAGAUCAAUUCAAGAUGGGUCAUCUGGAUGAUCUAUCGCUGGUACAAGAUUCUUUCUCCACGAAUUGUGCUCGAUGUCGAAUGUGACGAAUUCAAUCAAAAAUCAUCCAUCCUCUUCGUCGAGAUCCGACAGAUCUUCUCCCUCUUCUUCGUCCCAUUCUACAAGUCAGACGUACGACUCACCACCAAGCUGAAGCUCGUGCAUUCGGAAAACGAUGGGAAAUAUUAUAUCAAGUCCCAGGAGGAUCUGUACCAGACAAAUGAGGUGGUGAAGUUCUUUUGGCCGGGUGGAGCGACGAUCGUUUGGCUGUGGCAGUUGUUUGCUACAGGUCUGUGCAUAUUGGGGGCUCUGUUGCUGGCGCCGGUAACUUGGAUUGAGCAGAGGCAUGCGAAUCAUGUUAAUGGCGUUAAGAAGACUAUUUAGAGGUCGGUAGAAUCCAUGCUUGCAAUGGUGGAGAAGGGGCGGCGGCGUUGGUAAGGGUGGAGUUCGUGGGGUCAUGUGAGGUAGACACAGCGGGGUCAUUGGUUUUCUGGUGCUGGUUGGAGUGUCAUUUUUUUCGCAUGUUGAAGUGUACGAUCAAUUCCAUCUUCAUGAAACAUCGCACGACCUUAAAGAGGAUUCCAGAAGCUUUGGCUGGUCCACAAGUCCUUUUUCUUUUGCAGGAUAAGGUGACCGAAGCACAUCGUGCCUAGAAAAGGAUGCUGAGUUGGAAUAUUUUAUGAUUCUGCUGGAAAUGUUUCACAUGUCGUAAAAGCUCAUGGC